AUGGCGUUUUGGUCUAUUGGAUCAAGCGCGUUUCACAACGUUUCGGCAGUAGAAAAGGUCCUAGAGCGCAAGGAGUACACCCUCUAUGACGUUUUGGCUGCUGAGGACGUGCUUCAGGAAGUUAUGUCGAUGGACAAUAACGUGAUUGAUUAUUUGCGGCAGCCUGCUAUAAUUUCGCAGCUGGUUGAUAUUGUUUUGGGAGAGGACGAGCAGGCUCUGGCCAAAGCGGCGUCAGACAAGGCCGAAAGCAACCAGCCGUCCUCGCCCAAGUCGGAUGAUGGCGCUUCGGCCGAUGAGAGUGAGCUUGAACAGGACGAAACUUUGAAUGAAGAGCCCGAAGAUGUCGACUACAUAAAGAUUGCCUCUGAGGUUUUGAGCUGUGAUGCUUGGGGUUUCAUGGAGGCACUGGUUUCCGCCAAGGACAGCCUGGAUCGGCUGUGGGGUUUGCUAGACGAGCCCGCCCACGCCUCCACAAAACAACUUGCAUGCUUCACAUCCAUCAUUGAGCACUUGCUCGAAAAACGCACUGACCAGAUGCUAGACUACAUGAUACAGUUGCCCAAGUUCACCUCGUAUUUUCUGCGGUACAUUGAUAACGCCCCGCUGGCAGACCUCUUGCUGAAAAUCAUUUCCACGGACCAUCCCGAUACCCCUAGUGGAAUUAUUGAGCUGCUAUAUGAGCAGGAUUUGAUUCCGCAGCUUAUCGAGCGCUUGGGUCCGGAUGUUGCGGAUACCGAACAAGUCGCCGUGGGUGAUUUCCUGAAGGCGUUUGUGACAAUUUCUGGAGGUAACAAGACCGAAAACUGCUCUAUCGGACCUAAUGAGCUUAGUCGUAAGUUGGUUAGCGAGGAGUGUAUUUCGAAGCUCAUUGAAAUCAUGCUCCACGGAGGCUCGGGAAUGUGCAUUGCAGUGGGCGUCAUCAUUGAGAUCAUCCGCAAAAACAACUCCGACUAUGACUAUGUUCAGGUACUUUACACCACCGUCAAAAGCCAUCCACCUACCGCUCGAGACAGCAUUUAUCUUGGCACUCUUGUCCGUCUGUUUGCCGAUGCGAUUCCCAAGUUCCAAAAGGUUUUGGAGAAGAAGAGUGAUGAAACGAUAGAGAUGCCUUUGGGCAAGAUCAAGCCGUUAGGAUUCGAAAGAUUCCGGAUUUGUGAGUUGUAUGCUGAAUUGCUUCAUUGUUCCAGCAUGGCUCUCUUGAACGAGCCGAAAGGUGAGCAAAUUGUUCGUGAGCGAGAUUUGGACCGUAAGCGCCGAUUCCAUGCAAACGAGUUCAAGGAAUCGGAUGAAAAAGAACUCCAAACUAUCCGAGAGGGCAAAAAAGGUGAGGGAUGGAAACCUGAAUCGCUUGACGAGGACGACGAAUCUAGACCAAGCACCUCUGUCACCGAAAAGGAUGACGACGAGGAGCCUGUGAGUCCGCUACCUCAACCGUCUAGCCCCAAAGCUUCGCCGCCAUCUGCGUCUGCACCUCAGUCUCCUCAAGAAAUGCAGAUUGAUUCCCCAGCCCCUGAUGAUAUUUCCGAAGCGGCGCUGAUCAAGCAGCUUGCCGCGCAGGAAGCUAAUAUUAGAGCCAGCCCAGUUAUUGGUGAUCGGCUGAAGCUUGCACUGGAUGAUAGUGGAUGCAUUUCGACUGUUUUCAGCAUGCUUGUUGAGUAUCCUUGGAACAACUUUUUGCAUAAUGUUGUUUUCGAUAUUGUACAGCAAAUCUUCAACGGCUCUGUGCAUGAGGGUUACAAUAAAUUCCUUGCUAUUCAUCUGUUCACGCGGGAUAAAAUCACCGAACAAAUUGUUGCUGGCCAGCAGUCGAAUGAUGAGCACGAACGGGAACGGAACAUCCGUCUUGGCUAUGUUGGCCACCUGACACUUAUUAGUGAGGAAGUUGUGAAGUUUGCCUCUGUGUUCCCUCCACGUACAUUAAGCCCUGGCAUCAGCGAGGCACUUGAGGCUCCGGAAUGGCAGCACUAUGUUGCCACCACCCUUUUGUAUCUCCGCGACCAGUACAAUACAGUGCUUGGUGGACAAAAGCCCGAGGGCUUGGACAGUUUCGAAGAGGAUCGCUUUGACAGCGGGCUCGGAGAGUCAGAAUACCAGCAGCGUCUCAACAAUGACAAAAAUGAUGAGGACGAGGACGAGGACGAGGACGAGGACGAGGACGACGGCGAGGAAAGCGGAGAAGAUGACGAUCAGUUUUCACGGUAUAUGAAUCGCCAGCUAACAAACGCUGCGGGCCACUACGGUUCCAGUGAUGACGAUGAAGACGAAGAGUGGGAAAGCCUUCCGCAAAGGACUAUCGAUGUCAAAGAGUUGGAAAAUUCAGACGAUGAUUCGGGUGAUAGCUCAGGCGACGACGAUCUUUCGUUGGUCCGUAGCCGUAGUUAUGGCCAUUAG